AUGGCCGAUCUUAAUAAGCAGAAAGAAUCACCUCCGUCUGAGCCAGCUGAGAACAUGCCACCAGAGACGGAAGAAGAACGAACGAAGCGACUCCGCAAGGAAGCGAGAAGAAAGCUGCGAGUCACGUGGAAGCCGGAUGACUCUCUGACUGAAGUUCGCUUGUUCACGCAUGAUCCAGACGAGGAACUUGGACCGGGAGAUCAUGCCCAGCGGGAGGCUGGUGAUGUCAAGGGAGAAGGUAGUGUGCUUAAACUUCACAGAGACCUGGACGAGUUCGACGAGGAAGAGGAUGGCGGGGUGCGUGAAGAAAGCUUCCGUGAUUACUAUGAGCCUUCAGAAAUUGAUUUUGCCGACAUCACAUCGGAGGAUCGUUCCCGGAAUAACAUCAAGCGCGCCGGCACUCAGCAGCCGACCAGUGCUGAGAAGGAAGCACAAGAGCACCGCGAAGCCACGACGCUUAUGGUUUUCUAUACCUCCGCUGCGGAUGUGCCACCGUCGCCAAAGGAACCUCCCCCGCCUAGUGAAGAUGAGCCGGCAACCGAAGCCGUUGCUCUUGGAGAACUCCCAGAUCACGUUAAGGUAAGCAUGAUACUUUUUUUUCCCCUUCCCCGUUCGGCUUGUGAAUCCAACCUAACCGUUUUAUGGCAGGCUCGACAGGAGCGAUACUUUUCUGCUGUUAAUCCCCAGCCGACUCCAGCUCAACCUCAACCAAGCGCACAAUCCAACCAGUUUGACAUUUCAAACUUGCUUAAAAUCAUACAGAAUGCGCCUCAGCAGCAGCAGUCAACUCCUCCGCCUCCCCCGCCUCCUCCCGUGACGCAAGCACCAAUGUCGGACCUGGAGCGAACCAUUAGUAUGUUCCGUCAGCAACAGCAGCCACAGCAGCCACAACAGCCACAACCUCAAGCCCAACAGUUCCAGAUGCCUCAGUUCCCUACCGCUCCCCAGGCUCCUACAGCACAGGGCCUCGACUUCCAGAAAAUCCUUGCUGUCCUUAAUGCUCAGAAGCAGAUGCAGCAGCCACCGCCCGUCGUACCCCCUGUUCAACCGUCGCAGCCCGCGAUUGCGCCAAACCUGGCUGCAUUCAUAUCACAGUUUGCUGGGGCUAACCAACAAUCCGGGCCCAGCCCAGCUCAAAUGCCUGGUCAAUUUGAUGACCUAGAGCGCAAACGUAUGCGUGAGGGUCCGGGCUUUGAUGGAUCGGAGGAUGACAGAUAUAGUUAUUUCAAACGUAACAAGCCGAAUGGGCCCAAUAAGAGUCAUCCCAAGGUUGGAUUGGUCCCUUGUCGUUACUGGCCCGAAGGGAAAUGCAGAAAAGGCAACGACUGCACCUUCCGUCAUGAUCCACUUAACUAA